CGAGUUGGUCAAGCUCAGCGAGGGUCGCUCAUGCGGCAGCCGGAGGAGGUGUUCGACAUCAUCUGCAAGCUGGCGAGGGGUCCUAUGGUAGUGUAUAUAAGGCCUUACACAAGGAAUCUGGGCAGGUGCUGGCCAUCAAACAGGUGCCCAUUGACACAGACCUUCAAGAAAUUAUAAAAGAAAUAUCUAUAAUGCAGCAGUGCGAUUCUCCUCAUGUCGUCAAAUAUUAUGGUUCAUAUUUCAAAGACUCAGAUCUAUGGAUCGUGAUGGAGUACUGUGGUGCUGGGUCUGUGUCAGACAUCAUGAGACUAAGAAAAAAGACUCUCAACGAAGAGGAGAUCGCGACCAUUAUCUACGACACGUUGCGUGGUUUAGAGUACCUCCACCUGAGACGGAAGAUUCACAGGGAUAUCAAGGCGGGAAAUAUCCUCCUCAACACUCAGGGUCAUGCCAAGCUAGCAGACUUUGGGGUCGCAGGUCAACUCUCGGACACAAUGGCCAAAAGAAACACUGUGAUAGGCACUCCUUUCUGGAUGGCCCCAGAAGUAAUUCAGGAAAUAGGUUAUGACUGUGUAGCUGAUAUAUGGAGUUUAGGUAUAACAGCAUUAGAAAUGGCGGAGGGGAAGCCCCCUUACGGUGACAUUCACCCUAUGCGUGCCAUAUUCAUGAUCCCCACUAAGCCACCGCCAUCAUUCCGAGAGCCCGAUCAGUGGCAACCCGAGUUCAUCGACUUUGUGUCCAGAUGUCUGGUGAAGAACCCCGAGGAGAGAGCGACGGCAUCAAAGCUCCUCCAGCACCAGUUCAUCCGUGGUGCUCAGCCGGCCAGCAUUCUAAGGAACAUGCUGGAGGAGGCAAUGGAGAUCCGGGAGAACCAGAACUCCAACCGGCAGAACCAAAUCAAGCAUAUCACGGAAUCGUUGUCGCAACAGCAGUCCCCCCAGCUCCAAUUGCCGGGGAUGAGCACACAAGCUGAGCAAGACAACAAAAACAAUGAGCACAACCAAACCCACCAUCAGCACCACCCCAACCUGGCUAAUAAUGAAAUCCAGGAAAUCAUUGAUGUCAAGGACGACGAUGAAGUGGACAGUCGGACGAUGGUCAGGUAUAGUGCCGGUGGGGGUGACAGUGGUACCUUGCGCCCUGCCAACAACGAGGGCACUCUAAUGGCACCACUGCAGUCUGGUGGCACUCUUGUCUCACCGGUAGACUCGGCGACGCUCUCCUCAGACCUCGGGACAAUGGUCAUAAACUCCGACAAUGAAGAUGAAGACGAGGACUCCACAAUGAAGAGGCAUGACACUGCUCCUGGUGAGCAGAGCAAGAAAUACAGGCCUUUGUUCCUUGACCAUUUCGAUAAAAAAGAACAAGAAAAGAGGGCAAGAAGUAAAGGUUCAAAGGAUAACUCUCCGCUGGAGCAGUUGGCGCCGCAGCAAUAUGUUGGGACGGGCAGACCUAUUGUCACACAACAGCACCCGACGUCACAAUCAUCCCAGUUGCCUUUAGAAGAAAAACAGUUACUACAACAGCCUCAGCACUCACAGCAGCAGCAGCCACAGCCCAGCACAGUGCAUCACCAACAGCACCAACAACAACAACAACAACAAAUACAGCUACAACAGCAGCAGCAACAGGUGCAAAACAGCCAAGCCUUUGAGGACCAACAAGGUGGAGACGGCACAAUGGUUUAUUCUCCAACGGCGCUAAUACACUCGCAGCCGAAGCCCAUGUCGGCUGAGGAGCAACAGAAGUUCGAGUGCUCAAAUUUGGAAGAGGAACAAAAUAAUCUGCAGAGACAGUUAGUUCAGAUGAACAAACCAGCCAAUCACCAGCCACUGCCAUCUCGGGGCGUUGCAGCCGAGAAUCAACCCAAGUUCCAGAGAUCUUUCAUUGAUGGCGACUUUGAUUUUCUCAAAAACCUGACUUAUGAAGAAUUACAUCAGCGGAUGGCUACUCUAGACCAGGAAAUGGAACGGGAAAUUGAUGAGUUGCGUCAACGCUAUCAUGCUAAGCGACAACCUAUCCUUGAUGCUAUGGACCAGAAAAGGAAGAGACAGCAGAAUUUCUAGCAGAAUUGUGCUCUUUAUAUCUUUUAUAAUAUGACAUGUGCCGUAAACUUUUAAAAGAUGUAAAUUUGAAAAUGAUAUUCGACUCGCCAAGAAAGAGAGUGGAUACACAUAACAAGUUAAAGUUAAGAUGAUGAUGGUGGCUAAGAAGUUGGGAGAAAUACCAAACACAGAUGCCAAGCAUAUCUGCCUGAUAUGAGGUCACUGUGCAAUGUGUGCCAUUUGAUUCAUAUCCCUGCUUAGUGCAAGCACUGCCUGUCGUAAGAAAAUGAAUGAGUUCAAUAGAAGUCGUUCAAAUGGUAUGACCUUGAUAUCCGAAGGAGGACUGGGAGAGCACCGGUUGCCAAUUAUACUAAAGAUUGCUUGUGGAUUUGUCAUCAGCCAUUAGUACGGAAAGAUGCUGCCUGCCCAUGGCCAGCAUGAGAUGGUUAAACUUACAUUGAUAUGUGAAAAUAUAAAAAGCGUGUUUGUUUUGUGGACAAGAUACUCACGGACUUGCUAGUUGUGACCCCAAGCUGUGAGCUGACCAUCCGAGCAGGGCGUUGCUGGUCAUCACUCCUAGAGAGCUCAAGUUUUGUCAUGUUUAUAUGAAUUUUUUCAUUCAUUUGCCUUCCUUGAUUAAUGCUACAUAUAUAUCUGCGAACCUCAUGGUCUAGAAAGCAAAGAAGUGGCUGUCAGACUUAAUUGAAGACAUUGUGAGGAAAUAUUUUGAAAAAUGGUAGUGUAAUAUCAUUUUUUUGUUUGCUAUUAAACAUCUGAUUCAUGUCUUCCUGUCUUGUUUAAUAGGCAGUGUACAGGUUGCCUACUUGCCAGGCCAUGCAUUCAGUGCCCAUACACAGUUGUGGGGAUGGUCCCUGUACAUGGCUGUAUUUGAGUUUUCUACACAGCUUUGUAUCUGGAACUGUGUUCAUCAGCAUGCCCCAUCUCGGUCCAAAGCUUUUGUAUAGGCUGUACAUUACUGUGUUGUGAUGUCUGGGCAGAGCUGUGUGGGUAGUCUCUGUAUGCGGGUUUUUCUGUGGGCACCAAACACUGCCAUAACUCUCACGCUGGGAGGCUCGUGCCAAGCUUCUCUUCCAUCUGAUUUUUCUACAGGUUUUGACUACACUGUUUACAGUGUUGAAUAUUGUAGUUUGUACUUAUUCCUUUUUGGUGUUCAUUUUAUAUGCUGUGGUGAGAGGGGAGGAGAGAGAGCGAGAGAGCAAGAGAGAGUGUAAGAGAAGAAAAGGUUCAAGAACUGUCCAUAUUCAGAGAUAAUUUAUGCAUUCAGAUAAGGUUUUCCAGUCAUUAGUUGUAAGUUUUAUUGUAGAUCCUCAAUUUUUUUGCCAAAAUCUGAUCAUCCAUGAAAAGGAGAAAGAA